ACUCAAACAGAUGGCAGAUAAAAUGUGUACUUCACACUUUACUAAGCUUCUUCAGUCUCAAUGAAGAUCUUUCUUUCUUUUAUUUUCUUCCUCAUCUCAUUACUCCAUUUUAACAGUUUAACACGGAAAGGCUUAUGCAUUGCACAACUCACACAUGCUGUGACACCACCAAGGGGUUGGAAUUCUUAUGAUUCUUUUUGUUGGACAAUCUCUGAAGAAGAGUUUUUGAAGAAUGCGGAACUUGUUUCCCAACGCUUACGUGCUCAUGGAUAUGAGUAUGUUGUGGUUGAUUACCUCUGGUAUAGGAAAAAGGUGCCUGGGGCGUAUACAGAUGCUUCAGGAUUUGAUGUGAUUGAUGAAUGGGGAAGAAUGGUUCCGGAUCCCGAUAGAUGGCCUUCUUCCAAAGGCGGGAAAGGAUUCUCUGAAGUGGCCAAAAAAGUGCAUGACAUGGGUUUAAAAUUUGGAAUCCAUGUUAUGAGAGGAAUAAGUGCGCAAGCUGUAAAUGCUAAUACACCUAUCUUGGACACAAGCAAGGGAACUGCUUAUUUCGAUGGUGGAAGAAAGUGGACAGCAAGUGAUAUAGGGAUGCAGGACAGAAAAUGUGCGUGGAUGCCACAUGGUUUUAUGGGUGUGAAUACAAAGUCAGGAGCAGGAAAAGCAUUUUUGCGAUCUCUUUACGAACAAUAUGCUGAAUGGGGAGUUGAUUUUGUGAAGCAUGAUUGUGUCUUUGGGGACGAUUUGGACAUAGAAGAAAUUAGCUUUGUAUCAGAGGUUCUGAGGAAACUUUCACGUCCAAUUAUUUAUUCUUUGUCUCCUGGUACAAGUGUGACACCUGCUAUGGCCAAGGAAAUUAGCGGACUAGUCAAUAUGUACAGAAUAACCGGGGAUGAUUGGGAUACAUGGCAAGACGUGUCAGCACACUUUGAUGUAUCAAGGGAUUUUGCAGCUGCAAAGAUGAUAGGUUCUAAUGGUCUAUUGGGGAAGUCAUGGCCUGAUUUAGAUAUGCUGCCAUUGGGAUGGUUAACUGAUCCUGGUUCUAACGAAGGUCCACACAGGAAAUGCAACCUAAAUUUCAAUGAGCAGAAAACUCAGAUAACUUUGUGGGCUAUGGCAAAGUCCCCGCUUAUGUUCGGAGGAGAUAUGCGACAGCUUGAUGACAUCACCUAUAAUCUCAUCACAAAUCCUACGGUUCUGGAGAUCAACGCUUUUAGCUCCAAUAAUCAGGAGUUUCCGUUCGUCUCAGGGUCUCCAAAAAGUCAUUUCUCACUACAUUCAGGACAUACGAAAAAAGUAGGAAGUUCUCGCUUAAAAUCUUUCAAUUUCUUGAGCUGCAAAGAAACCAAAGCAAAAGGAUGGUCAGUUCAGGCUGUUGACCAGGAUCUCGACAAAAUUUGUUGGAAAAAUAGCUUUGAAACCCGUGGAGCACCCUUCUGCCUUUACAAGCGAAAAGCAUGGAUAAAAUCAGAUGAAGAGGUAUACACAACACAAUAUCACGGCAAAAGUUAUCUUCUAGCAAGUAGAUGGACAUCACUGUGCGUAGAAGCCUCUCCAAAGAAAAGGCUUACUUCUAAAGAUUCGAAAAGGGGUUCCAUAUCGCCGUGCAAAAUGGACACUAACCAGAUGUGGGAACUAAAUAUCAACGGCACGCUUUUAAGCAGCUAUUCGGGUUUAUGUGCCACAAUAAAGACAGUUGAAGAUAAUGCAAUCCCGGGAGGGAUUCGCUCUUGGGUUGCGACUGGGAGAAGAGACGAAGUGUAUCUUGCCUUCUUCAACCUAAAUCAGGGAAAGACAACGAUAACAACACGUUUGUCGAAUCUAGCAAAGGUACUCCCUGGUGUAAAAAUCGGAGCUUUAUCCAAAUGCAGAGAGGUUUGGAGCCAUCAAGUCUGUCAUAUAAGUCGAGGUCGAUCAAUUUCCAUGGAUGUAGAAGCACAUGGAGCCACGUUACUCGUCUUGACGAGGAACGGUGCAUGAUUAUAGCCAUGGAUGGUCAGGUUUGAUAUAGAGGUUUUAGCUACGGAGAGUUGAGAAAAAAGAAUGUCAAGACAAUGUUCAAAAUCAUGGGUGUUGUAUGGAACUUAUAUGAAUGUCAAAAGACAAUUGUUCAUAAAUAAAGUUUUCUAUCAAAGGGUUUUGAGUUUCACAUAAAUAUUAAGAAAUGGUAUAAUUAUUAUGAGAAAAAAUGUAGCAAAUUCUAUGGAGAUGGAAAGAGUACAAUACUAAUUUUGAUUAGUAUGUAAUCAACUAAUCAUUCUUGUAUUUUUCUUAAAAAAUUGCAGUUACAAGUUAUUUUGGUU